ACGACAGCCGUUUAAAAAAAGCCCUUUCUCCGCAGUUCAUUCGUACAGGCGGGCAAACGACACGGUAUUUCAGGAAUGGAGCAGCUUUGUAAACUGUUUGUUGGCGGUUUGAACGUCCAAACCACUAACGAUGGACUCCGUGCUCAUUUUGAACAGUACGGGACACUAACCGACUGCGUUGUGGUCCAAAAUGAUCAACUACAGCGGUCCCGUUGUUUCGGAUUUGUAACCUACUCCACCGCGGAGGAGGCGGAUGCAGCAAUGGCCGCCAGGCCACAUGUUGUAGAAGGCAAAAACGUGGAGCUGAAGAGAGCCGUGGCUCGGGAAGAUGCCGGGAAGCCCGAAGCUCUCGCCAAAGUCAAGAAGAUCUUUGUUGGGGGCUUAAAGGAGGACAUCGAGGAGAAUCACCUCACCGAGUAUUUCUCACAGUUUGGCAUGAUCGAGAAAUCUGAAGUCAUCACAGACAAAGACACCGGCAAGAAGCGGGGAUUCGGCUUUGUUCACUUCGAGGAUAACGACUCGGCAGACAAAGCCGUUGUGCUCAAGUUUCAUAAUAUCAACGGGCACAAAGUGGAGGUCAAGAAAGCGCUCACGAAGCAAGAGAUGCAGGCCGCCGGUGGAGCCCGGGGCGGCAGAGGGAGAGGAGGAGGAAGAGGCAUGGGAAGGAAUCAAAAUGGCUUCGGUGGCGGGAGAGGAGGUUAUGGCGGCUAUGGGGGUGGCUACGGCGGAGGCAAUGAUGGCGGCUACGGUGGCGGCUAUGGAAGCGGAGGCUACGGAGGUGCUUACGGGGGCGGAUAUGGAGGAGGCUACGGUGAUCAGAUGGGAGGUUAUGGCGGUGGGAACGGUUACAGUGACUUUGGCAGCGGAUACGGCCAACAGUCGUCUGGCUACGGGCCCAUGAAGGGUGGCAGCGCGUACGGAGGCAGGGGCGGAGGAGCCCCUUACGCCCGAGGUGGCGGGGCUGCGUACGGCAGAGGUGGCUACGGAGGCUACUGAUUUUCACCUGGUUCGGAAAAGACUCGGAAAGCUGUCCCCUAGAGUCUUUCGAAAUGAUCACAUUGGGCAGUAUGGCUCAUUCCCCCCGACCAUGCAGAGAUGGCGGACACUGUGAAAGCAUACCUUAAAGACCUCAAUUCUUAAACAGGGAACCUGUUGAGUACCUGGGUUCGAUUGUGAUAGGACUGAAAUAUCUCAUUAGGAUAUCAUCCUGCGAUCUAGGCAGCCUUGGAUGCCUGACUCUACCCACAUCAUCUGUGGCCAUGGAGUUUGGUUAUCUGCAAGAUCCAGUGAAUAGCUAUUAUGUUUUAAAAUCCUUUUCAGGUAUGAAGGACUGAGAGAGCAGUGAUUACAUGUGAUUCUUCAUUAAAAAGAUUGCUAUUUAAAAAAAAAAUGUCCCCAUCAAAGUUUAAUAUCUGUAUACAUGAAGACACUUAAAGUAUGUAACUUACAAUGUUUUGAAUUUGGUGAACACAAAAGCAAUUUUAUUGGAAUAAAGUUGUUGAAAUGAU